AUGACUGACAAUCCAAAUUUUCAAAAAUUGGGCAAAAGAAAAGUUUCAAAACCUGUCAAGGCACCUGAAUGGCUUUUCUGCGGUCAAGCAGACCCGAGCUUGAACAAAAAUCCUAGUGCAGAAACCACGACUAAAGACUUAGAGGCUAAAAAAAUUGCCGAAAAUCUUCUCAUGCGACAUGCCGCUGGAAAAGGCUCCAAACCCACCCUAUCUUCUCAUCUUGUUCAUCUGGUUGAAAGAUUUCUAGCAGAGAAUGGAUUUGUUGCUUCUAGUAAAAUCUUCAAAGAAGAAAAGUUAAAAUUCUGUGAAGAGGGGACAUCGUCACCCGAAAUACCAUCGCUCUCUGUUUUGGUUGAUGAGUGGCAUAAUUUUAAGAACCUCAGUUCGUCUACAGGGCAGAAGAGCAACCUAGAAAGUGAGAGAGCUGUAAAUUACCCAAGCGGUGAUUGCAGUAAUAAAAUCAAAAAUAAAUUACCAACAGAAAAAAAAAAAUCAAAAAAGGGAUCAACCCCAAAGAACCCGGAAAUUGACAAAAUUGAUGGAAAAAAUUCCUCAUCUCAUAAAACAGAACCACUGACUUCCAAAACCAACGGCUUGAAGCGCAAACUAUCUUGUAUCGAUUCCUCUACAGCAGCAGGGCCUAACCCAGAAGAGCGAUUGCCGAAGAAGACAAAGUCAAAUGAUGUUGCUAAACACUCUAAGUCAUCAUCAAACUCCAGCUCAGAUUCUAGCUCAGAUUCCAGCUCAGAUUCUAGCUCAGACUCCAGCUCAGAUUCCAGCUCAGAUUCUAGCUCAGACUCUAGCUCAAAUGAAAAUCAAGUGAAGAAGAAAUUAAAGCAAAAAUCGAAACCCCGAAGAGCUAAUCGCUCUACCCACUCAAUUGCCAAAAAAACACCAUUACCAGACUCGGACUCAGAUUCUUCUAAUUCUUCUGACUCGUCUGAUACUACAAGUUCAACACAAGAAAAAUUCCUCAAAAGUUCUACCACUUCAACCUCCAAACAAAAAGAUAUUCUUUCGGAUGCGAAUUCAAAUCUAGUAUCCAAGGAUCAAAGUAAAAAGGAGAAAAAUACAACCAAAAUUAUUCCUGCGGCUCCACUUCCUCCUGACCCCGUGUUAAAGGGCAAAAGAGUCAAUCAAACCUUCUCAAGGAUUCCCAAAGAUACGAAAGUCGAUGAUAGACUGGCAAGCAAUGCCUACGUGCCAUACGACUAUGCUCAAAAGGCUCACGAAGACCUUGUUGUCACCAAAGGAAAGGGCUUCACUAAGGAAAAAAACAAAAAAAAACGUGGAAGCUACCGGGGUGGUCACAUUGACAUUGAUGGGAAGAAAGGCAUUAAAUUCGAAAAUUAA